CAGUCAAGCUGAUGUUGGGUUGGGUUUGGUAGGGCAGGGGGGCUGCCAGCAUAGUGCUUGUAGCUAACUGACUGUGCCAGUCAGGCUGGUGUUGUGUUGGGUUUGGUAGGGCAGGUGGGCUGGCAGAGCAAGGUGCUAGCAGUUAGGUGGGUGGGCAAAGGUGUUCCAGGUGUUGGGUGACAGAGGAAGGUGCAGCCACGUGGGGUGGGGGGCACAUAUGAGCAUGUCGCUGUCUGAUUUCAGCUGAUAGAUCAUGGGGGCACCUUGCUCCCAGCUUUAGAGAAGCAGAGCAAAGUGGUGCUGCUGUAUUGAAUGGAGUGACAGCAGGCAGAGGUGGCAGAUUCCGGAAGAGUUGCCCCCCGUGCCCCUUAUGAGCUGCUCCUGAUCUCUCCCUGGCACCCCGUCAUGCUGCUGCACCCCCCGUGCCCCCUUUCCCGGGACCCGCGGCUGAGCAAGAAGGACCUCAAUUACCUGCAGCAGUGGUUAGAAGCAUUUGUUACAAAUUUUGAGAAGAUAAUAUUGGUGCAGACCUUGGAGCCAAGGAGGCCUGAAGAUUCCUCUUCGGAAAUCCCAGUGUUACCCCGUGAUGUUCUAAGGGUUCUGAGCCAGCAGUUAAGACGCUGCACAGAAGACCUUGCCAGUGGGCAAGAGGCAGAUACCAGCUUGUGCCAGGCCUUCCUACUGCUUAAAUUCUUCAUAAUCAUCAGCAGAAACCUAGAAAAUGUGGAAAAAGAGAGGACACCGAUAUUUGUCUGUGAAGUCAUUCAUCUCCUAACGGUAUCAGUAACUCAGUUAAAGAACCCAUCCCUAGAAGAGACAGCAGAGUCGCGGUUGCUAAAUGAGAAAGUCGCUAUCUAUGCAUUACAUCUCUGUGAGUGUCUCUUUGAUCCUUAUCAGACCUGGAGGAGACAGAGAGGCGGGGAGAUUGUGAGUGCAAAAGAGAAGAGCAAGUACAAGUUCUCCCCUGCUGCUUUGCCUGCCGAGUUCUGCACCUUUUUUCAGAUAGCCUUGCGUGAUGGAGAGAGUCUACCGGAGCCCGUUAUCCUGCGGCUUGUCCAUCUGUACGGAGCCAUUAUCACCGGAUCUAAGCAAAAUGCUCUGCUCCUCAUCACGUCGGAAUCGGUGGAGGUUCUGAUGCUGGUCCUGUGGAACUGGUGCAUAAGCCACAAUGCAAGGAAUCCUCACAUUCUGCAGCUUGCACUGGAAUGCCUGAUCUCCAUCAUCCACAUCUUACAUGGCAGCAGCCCCGGCGAAAGGCGGGUGGAAAUUAGGAACAUCCUGGAACGUUAUUUCAAGGUCCUUAACACCGACCGGCCAUUGUCUUCCCUGGAGAGAAAGUCUGAGCCACACUUGGAAGAGGGACUGCUAGCCCUGCGCAUUGGCAUGCUGCGAGCGAUACCCGAGAUGCUGAACUGCGCCGACCGGCCAGUCUUGCAGGCGAUAUUCCUCAGUAACAACUGCUUUGAGCACAUCAUCCGGCUCAUUCAAAACAGCAAGCUUUAUUUGAGCAGGGGCCGUGCCCCAGAGGAGAGUGGGAGAGAUCUAACCACUCAGUUACUCACCGAGCUUGAUAUCAGAAAGGUUCUUGAUAGCGACUCAGACUCCAUUACAGUAAAUGCCAUUGGUGUACUGACUUCCAUCAUGAGAAAUUCCCCUGCAGCUAAGGAGGUGUUCAAAGAACGAAUUGGUUAUUCCCAUCUCUACGAGGUCCUAAAGAGCCGAAGCCAGUCCACCAAGCCCCUUCUUCAGGAGUUACUUAACAUGGCCGUGGAAACUGAUCACAACUCUUGUUCUAUGCACUGUAUCCAAAAUGAGCAACCAUUGCUAAUCCUGGUCCAGUGGAUCCCUGAGCUAGCACCUCGUGACAUCCAGAUACUGGUUUCUGAGUGGCUGAAAAGCACCUGUGACUCCUCCCUCCAGAACCGCAUGAUUUGUGUGCAGGCAGGAAUGGUUGGCCAGAUCCUCUUGGCUCUCCAGCACGAGACAGAACUCGAUGGCAAGUGUGUAGAAAACCUUAUCCAUCUUCUACAAGUACUGGGACGGCUUUCCAUCCGACCUACUGAACUCCGAGACCUGCUCAGGCUCCUUAGGACUGAGGGUAACUGCUGCCAUCGGUAUGCAACUCAGGUCAUCCGGGCUCUCUCUGCAAUGGCCAGGAAGGAUGGUCCAGAGCGCGCCCUGCAGUAUUUUGAUCUAACACCUAGUAUGUCAGGCAUUAUGGUGCCAACCAUGCAGAAGUGGCCUGGAACAGGCUUUGCCUUUCAUGCCUGGGUAUGCCUGAAUGAGGUUGGAACAGACGAGUUACUGGCUGGAAGAAAGCGCAAACAGUUGUAUAGUUUUUUUGCAGCCAGCGGGACUGGUUUUGAGGCUUUCUUCACCACAGAUGGGAUGCUGGUUGUGGCUGUUUGCACCAAAAAGGAAUACAUGACUGUGGCAUUGCCUGAAUUUCAGUUCAACGACUCUAUGUGGCACUGUCUGGACAUUGUACAUGUUGCAGGGCGUCGUCCUUUUGGCCAGAAUAUGGUGAAUAUUUAUACAGACGGACAGCUGAGGAAGGUGGCCCAGCUUCGUUUCCCCUCCCUAAAUGAGUCUUUUACUUCUUGCUGCAUUGGAUCUGCUGGAAAUCGCACUACUACCACCAUAGUUACCUCUCCAAACCAUGCUCCAGACCUCACGUUUGCCUCACACUCGGCCCUUAGCCGAUCUCAAUCCUUUCCUGCCUCAGCUCCAGUGCAUGGCUGGGGACAGGGCUCUGCACAGAACUCCCGGGAGGCUCAGGUCUCUGUCAUAGUGGCAGGGACUCAAGACACCGAGUGGGGGAGACCUACAUCAUUGGAAGGUCACUUGGGCACUGUGGCCAUUUUUCACGACACACUGCAAGCAAAUCAUGUGAAGGCCCUUUAUCUGGCAGGACCAAACUAUGUGACCCCAUUCAAGCCAGAAAGUGAAUUCUCUGAUCUGGGCCCUAAACUUCUGCUCUUCUACACACCCCAGGCAUCUAAAAACAACAUCUGCCUGGAUUUGUCCCCAAGUCGAUUGUUUGAUGGAAGACUGACAGGACACCGGGUUGUGACGUGGGACAUUAAGGAUGUAGUGAACUGCGUGGGAGGCAUGGGAGCUUUCCUUCCACUUCUGAACCAGGUCGCCUCCCAGACCAGUGAGGCUUUAGAGACUCAAGAGACACAUGACCUUGUGGGUCCCGAACUCACCUCCUCCAGGAACGCCCAAGGAAUGCAGCUUCCUCUAGGAAAAUCAUCAGAGAGCAGACUGGAGCGCAAUGGAGUAGCAGCAUUCCUUCUGAUGAUCAAAAACUUCAUCCAACACCACCCAGUCAACCAGGAGAGCCUGUUGCAGUGCCAUGGGUCAGCGAUUAUAGGUGCCCUCAUGCAAAAGGUUUCUCCACUUACGAUGGACAUGAACGUUUUGAUGGCCUCUCAGAUGCUGAUGGACCAGGUUUCUUCAGAUGGUCAAAGUGUUCUGCUCCACCACCUCUAUCAGCACCUGCUGUUUGAUUUCCGUAUCUGGAGCAAUAGCGACUUUGCUGUUAGGCUCGGCCACAUUCAGUAUCUCUCCAACAUCAUGAAAGAUCAUAAGCAGCGUGUGAGGAAGAAAUAUGGUGUGCAGUACAUUCUGGAUUCAGUGCGAAAGCAUUAUGGGACACAGAAGGAAGACCCAAACACUGUAGAUAAUGUGAAGACUGUUCAGAUGUCAUUGUUUGCUCUGACCAAAGAUUUCCUCUCCAAGAACCUGUGCCCAGAGGAUCUGCACAGUGUGCUCAGCUACAUUGCAGCUGUGAAUGAUGAAGAGCAGGUCAGUGGGAUGCUAGAGGUCCUUCACAGCCUCUUAAGAGCAAACGUCAGCAAUGACCUGCUCUACACUUUCCUCUUGGAGCCAUGGAAUGUAAAUAUUUUCUAUGCACUUCUUAUCCAGAAGAGCUACUCGGACCAAGUGAGAGAGAAGGUGUUCAAGAUUCUGUACAAGCUGCUGAAAUACGAGAAGGUCCAUGAGAGGAUCAAGCAUCGGCUGAAACUGAGAGAAAUCGGCUACCAAGGGCUGAUCUCUUUCCUUAGUGAGGUGCCAGUGUCAAUGCUGCUUAUCCGCUGCCUGUCUGAGCAGGUGUUAGGAUCAGAUGUGUCUCCCAAUUACAAGGACCUUCUGUCCGUGGUUUAUUUGUCUCACAGGGCGGAACUUCCGGUGAAACUUGAUGUCUGUAGAAAGCUUUUCCACUUGAUUUAUUCACAACAAGACAUAGUGCGGCAUCUGGCCAAACAGACUGGCUGGCAGGACAUACUUACCAAACUUUACAUUAAGGAGUCGUAUGAGUCUAGGCCAAGAAGUUUGAGCAGCCCAAUGUACUAUGGUGCCUUGUCUCUCCUAAAGAGCAUGGGCAGCAGCAAAGAAGAAAAGUCAGAGACAUACAAGGAAUGUUUAAAUGGUCACCAUGGAGCAGCAGAAAAUCAAGAUGUGGAUACUGUGUUCCCAGUCAGCUUUGAGGCUUCAGACCAUGAUUUCUCUGAAGGCUUUUCUGACCACUCUUUGUCUCCAGCUCAUAAACAAAAAUCUUUUCGCGCAUACGGUUUCAAGUCGUUUGACUCUUCAGAUCAAGUCAGCCACUGCUCUUCCAAUAACAUCGAUAUGCCUUGUUCUGAAGAAGCCAACUGUGCUGAUGGCCACUUAUUUGAAAAUGCCUACCAACCACUUUCUCCCUUCUCAAUGUCCCCUUUUGAAGUCCGCCUGGAUUUGGCAAGUGCCAGCUCAGCUGCAACCAUUGAAAGCGGGAACCUCACUCCUGUCAGCCAGUCAGGGACCCCUUCUCCUUUGGAGACCUUCAAACCCUUUCCUGGAAUGAGGGUUCGGAAGAGUUCAAGCUUGUCAAAUGUUCUAGAUGAGAGUAGUUACCAAGAAACCUUACCCAGUGACACAGCUUCCAACACCAGCAACCCACAGCAAACACCUGAGGAGGAGCUAUGUAAUUUGUUGACCAAUAUCAUCUUCUCUGUGACCUGGAGGGGGGUAGAAGGUCAGGAUGACUUGGCAUGGAAGGAACGUGGUCAGGUGUUCUCUGUACUAACUAAACUGGGCUCAGCAUGUGAGCUGGUACGACCCCCAGAUGAAAUAAAAAGAAGCCUUCUGGAGAUGAUGCUGGAAUCUGCUUUUACUGACAUUAAAGAAUCCACACCGGCUGCAUUGCCAAGUCUUAUCCAACACGUACUGAAGCUGCUACGACUUUUGCAGGAUUUUCUCUUUUCUGAAGGUCAAAGCAAUGAGCUCCUCUGGAGUGAGAAGAUCUUUGAGGGGGUCAGUAACUUGCUGGACAAGCUGGGCGUCUGGUAUCAUUUAGCAAAUGGAACAUCUGAUCUGAAGGAGAUGGCUCAGAUUGGUCUGCGAAUCAUUUUGGGGUUUAUAAAGCUGGAGGACAGACAUAUGCAUUCAUCAGCUUAUGUGAAAUUGCACAACCUCCUACAGACAGCUUGUACCCCGCAGAAGGAAGAAGCUUGUUUCCUGCUAGGGAAGCUGGAGGCUCCACUCAUGGGCUCUCUGUACGCCAAGACCGAGAAUGCCUCCUGGCUGGUUCCCAUUAUCCGUACCCUGAUGGACCAGUGCUUCGAGUCCUUGGAGCUGCAGUACCACUUGCCUUCUCUACCUCCAACUAAUGGCAGCCCAAACUUCUACGAUGAUUUCCUGACAUUCUGCACCACCCUGGAGUGGAGGGCCUUUAUAGAUAAACAUGUUCAGCCCACAAUGGAGCAGUUUGAAAAGGACACCUUUGCAAAGAGCCACCAUCAGAUGUCUCUUUUCUGGAAUUCCUGCUAUGAUGCACUUAUGAGCAGCUCUUUAAGGAGAGAGUCAGAAAAGGGAGAGAGCCGAACAAAAUUUCAGGAAUAUGUGCUGGAGCAAGUCAUGAAGAGGACAAAGAAUGAGAAUGCACGUUACAGCAGUGUCCUCAAGCAGAUUAACAGCCAUCACAAUACAAUCCUCAGGCAGUGGCGGUCCCUGCUUCGUCUGUUGUCCUGCCCACGAGGGGCCUGGGCUGACCGAAACCCUCCAGAGGUGAAAUGGAAAAUCUCUAGUGCUGAAACCUACUCCAGGAUGAGGCUGAAGCUGGUACCCAAUUAUAAUUUUGAUCCACACAAGGAGGCCAGUGCCCAGCGAGACAACCUAGGCACUGACUAUACACAGAGUCUCACAGAUUCCUUCCCACUGGCUGUGGCAAAAGAGGCCAAGGUGAACGAGAUGGAGGAUGAUCAGCUGGGAGACGAAGACCUGAAGAACAUGAACCAAGUCGAAACCAAAGAACCAAACCAGAAAGAAAAACUUGUGAUCUCAGAGGACUGUGAGCUUAUUACAGUAGUGGCUGUGAUUCCUGGCCGGCUGGAGGUGACAACACAGCACAUCUAUUUCUAUGACAUGAGCAAUGAAAAGGAGGAAACAGAGGAAGGUAUUGGUUAUGACUUCAGGCGUCCCCUAUCUCAGCUACGGGAGGUCCAUCUUCGUCGGUACAAUCUGCGGAGAUCAGCCCUGGAGUUCUUCUUUAUUGAUCAAGCAAAUUAUUUUGUCAACUUCAAGAAAAAGGUUAGGAAUAAAGUAUAUUCCCGAAUUCUUGGUUUGCACCCACUCAGUCAGUCCACGUUGGGAAGCCGUUCUCCUCAAGAGAUGCUUCAGGCCUUGGGAUUAACUCAGAAAUGGGUGUGGAGAGAAAUUUCCAACUUUGAGUACCUGAUGCAGCUGAACACCAUUGCUGGACGGACAUACAGUGACCUGUCCCAGUACCCUGUGUUUCCCUGGAUCCUGCGUGACUAUGUCUCAGAGACGUUGGACCUAAAUAAUCCAGAAGUGUUCCGGGACCUCUCCAAGCCAAUAGGAGUAGUUAAUGAAAAGCACGCAAGGGAAGUGAAAGAGAAGUAUGAAAGCUUUGAAGAUCCCACAGGUACAGUGGACAAGUUCCAUUAUGGCACACACUACUCUAACGCUGCAGGCGUAAUGCACUAUAUGAUCCGCAUGGAGCCCUUCACCACCCUUCACAUCCAGUUACAGAGUGGCCGGUUUGACUGCUCAGACCGGCAGUUUCACUCCAUUCCAGCUGCCUGGCAAGCACGCAUGGAGAACCCAGUGGAUGUGAAAGAGUUAAUACCAGAAUUCUUCUAUUUCCCCGAAUUCCUGGAGAAUGCUAAUGGCUUUGAUUUGGGGUGCCUACAAAUAUCCAAUGGGAAAGUAAAUGAUGUUGUUCUUCCAAAAUGGUCUACCUCUCGCGAAGAUUUAAUCUACCAGCACAGGAAAGCCCUGGAAUCAGAGGAUGUUUCUUUACAUCUGCAUGAGUGGAUUGAUCUGAUAUUUGGAUACAAGCAGAGGGGGGCAGCUGCUGUGGAAGCCCUGAAUGUUUUCUAUUACUGCACAUAUGAAGGUGUGGUGGAUCUGGAUGCCAUUGCAGAUGAGACUGAAAGGAAAGCACUGGAGGGAAUCAUCAGCAACUUUGGACAGACACCUUGUCAGCUUUUUAAGGAACCACACCCACCUCGUAUGACUGCAGAGCACGCAGCAAGAAGGCUAUCCCGAAUGGACACCUACUCACCCAACGUGUUUGAGAACCUGGCUGAGCUUAAAUCAUUCUUUGUAGAGGGAAUGAUGGAAGGAGUUCCCCUGGUGCUGACAGUGGUCCCAAAAACACAAGCUCAUUCCUUCAUGACCCAGGGAUCUCCAGACAUACUGGUGACAGUGAGUUCCAACGGGCUCUUGGGAACCCACGGUUGGCUGCCAUAUGACAAGAACAUAUCCAACUACUUCAGUUUCACCAAGGACCCUACUGUCUCAAAUGUCAAGACCCAGCGUUUCCUGUCUGGCCCAUUUGCCCUUGGUGCCGAGCUGUCUUCCAGAACUUUAGUUGUGUCCCAUGAUGCAAAGCUGCUCUUCAGUGGGGGACACUGGGACAACAGCCUACGGGUGACAUCUUUGAGCAAAGGGAAAGUUAUAGGUCACAUAACUAGGCACAUAGAUGUGGUCUCAUGCCUGGCACUAGACCUUUGUGGCAUCUACCUCAUUUCUGGGUCCCGGGACACCACGUGCAUGAUUUGGCAAGUCCUGCAACAGGGUGGGAUUUCUUGUGGCCUAUCCCCAAAGCCUGUACAAGUGUUAUUUGGCCAUGAUGAUGAGGUGACUUGUGUGGCCAUUAGCACAGAGUUAGAUAUGGCUGUCUCUGGAUCAAAGGAUGGAACCGUAAUUGUGCACACCAUCCGCCGGGGGCAGUUUAUGAGGUGUAUAAAGCCCCCGUGUGAAAGUUCCCUGCCCCUGACAAUCUCUCAACUGGCAGUUGGCUUGGAAGGACAAAUUGUCUUUCAGAGCACAAUCGAAGGCAGGACAUCUCUCAAGGAUAAAUUUACUCUGCAUUAUUACUCUGUCAAUGGGAAGCACUUGGCUACAGAGGCUCUAGAGGAGCAGGUCACCGCUCUGUGUAUCGCACAAGACUACCUGGUUCUGGGGACAAUGCAGUGUUCCCUGCAGAUCAGGGAGCUCCGUAGUUUGAAACCUGCAGUCCCCUCGAUGCCCAUGAAGGUUCCUGUAUAUUGUGUGUCUGUGACAAAGGAGAACAGUCACAUCCUGGUGGGACUGGAAGAUGGAAAAUUAAUUGUCGUGGGUGCCGGACAGCCCCUGGAGGUGAAAAGUGGCCAGUUCACCAGAAGACUGUGGGGAUCGACGCGGCGCAUUUCACAGGUAUCCUCUGGUGAGACCGAGUACAAAGCAACAGAGUCCAAGUAAAGAAAUGGAAGUUGAGUUCGGGAACACCUCAGGUAUCUGCGAGUGCCUUGCACAAACCUCUGGCCAACAAUCUGAUAAUGGAGAGAAGAGCCUUGGUGCAGUGGAGCUGUGUAAUUCUUGGUGGUAGCUACUAGGCGCCAUAAGGAUUUUAUACCUCUCUCUUCCACAGAAGAUUAGUGGGCUGAAAGCAUUGGGAAUCUCUGAAAGUCAUCAGGAGAUCCCCAGAAUGUGUAGCUGAUAAUUGGUGAGAUGGUUACUGUACCUUACUCAUGGACAGACACUCCAGCUGCCAUUGCCUUAAUGAGGAGGAAGAUUUUACCCCUUCCUUUGUACAUUUUCUACACUGCAACAGACAGCGCCUUUUAUAAAGAGACUGCCCACAGUUGGUUUUGAACUACAUUACUACAGCAAUGUUUUCACCAUGCCAUAGGAAUUGUGAUACUUUCACAGCCCCUGCCAUAGUACCAUAGCGCUUUGGCAAGGAUGGAUUUUGGAUGGUGCAGAAUUGGCUUUUUUUGCUUUGCGCUGCCAUUGUUUGAUUAAUGCACAGAUUUUCUGAUUUUUUAUUUCUUUUAAAAAUGGACAAAUGUAAAUAUUUUAUUAGAUUCAACUUUUUGAAAGAGAGACCUAAGAAGAAAUAGACAAUUCUACUUGCACUUAAUGCCAUAGUUCUGGAUGAUUUGGUCCCACAGCAGUGCAGGUCACUGCGACAGAGCAACUGGGAGCCAUAUUCUAACUCCAAGGAGACUUUGGGGUAGCUGGAUUCCAAUUGAGAUGGCAAAUUAUUCUUAUCCUAUGCCGGCUUGUUACUGAGGCUGCAAAUGAUUUUUCAGGCAUACAUUUUUUUAAUGUUUUCAUGGCUUUCGAUAACUUUUGUGAACAUUUUUUUUAAGUCUACUGCAAAAAAAACUUUUCCUACUUUUCAGUAGGAUAUUUAUUGCAUUAACGGCAUACACUUCAUUGCGGUUAUAGAUAAAGUGGGUAAUGUUGCGGGACACUGGAAGAGACUGUUUACACUGUACAAGUUGGCUUGCAGGCUUGUGGUCACAUUGCACAUGGUUCAAUGCAGUAGCCAAGGAGCGGUUAUCCUUUCAUACACUAAUAUAAUCAGACUCCCUACGGACGACCCGCGUGUUUAUGUUUAUACAAUGCAAGAAUGACAUUGGCCAUAACUGUGCUCAUUCAGAAUUGAUGACACGGCUUCUAUGUCUAAUGUGAAAGAGAAGGAGCAGCCAAUCUUGUUCAGCAUAAGAGAAGCAAAGGGUUCUGGGAGUGACAAGCACAAGUUCACUGCUAAUGAGAAUUAGUAUCUGUAUGUGAAGCUGUUAAUAUUUUUUAUACUUUGUUACUCACAAUCAGCCACUGGGUUUGAGGGGGUGUAUUUUUGUUUAAUUGUGUCCAUCACACAUAGGUCAGUAAAAUGAAGGUUUUUUUUUUUUAAGUGAGAUUAACAAAAGCAAUACUUUGUUAUUUUAAGAGUUUUUUUCCAUAAAGGAAAUUCUUACAAGAACAUGUUACUACUGAAACAUUCCAGUGCUGGAUGAUUUGUAUUUCCUAUGAAUGUAAUGCAGUUUGUUAUGGCUUUAAACCUGUGCUGUUGGGACAACAUUGUGUAUACCUCAGGAAUGUCAACCCUGUGCCCCUCGCUGUUCCCAACCUUCAUUGUCGAAGGCGACUCCUGGGGCUGUCAUUAAAACUGCUGGAGAGGGAAAGUAUGCCAUGCUCUGUUGUCCCUUUCAAAAAUGAUUCUGUGCGCGUUCAGAAAUUAUUCUGUGAGGGUUUUUGCCACCUUGGUGUGAGGAAUUGAGUUUGAACAAAUAGGGCUGCAAUUAUUACCCCUCUUUAAUGCUUAAACUUUAUAAGACCUAAGACCGUUUGCAGUAGUGCCUUUUCAAGUUUGCCUCUGGGUGUAAAUGAUCCAUUUACCACCUAUACUUAAUCAGACAGAGAACUCUGAGUGUUCUGUACUUCUUACAUCUGGGCUGUUCUCUUUACCAUGGGCAGACGGGGAGGUUAGGGUUUGGUUGCAAUUCAGAACAUAAGGUCUAGGUUUUUCCUUUCCAAUUAUAUCAGUCAGGGCCGGAACUAAGGGUAGGCAGAAGAGGCAGCUGCCUAGGGCGAAACGAUUGGGGGGCGCCAGGCAGGAGCCUCUCUUGCCUACUCCUAGUCUGUGCUCCAUUUUCAUUGCCCCCGCCGCUUGUCUUUACAUGGUGGGGGCAAUGAACUAUCACUUUGUAUUGCAUCUUCACGGGGGUUGCAAUGCGAUAGCAGGGGCGAGGUGGCCAGCCGGGUUGCCUAGGGAGCCCGGUCGGCUCGGCCCACCCCUGAUAUCAGUGAGUAGCAUAAAUAGUGUGGUUACAUUUUGACAUUUGUGAGAGCUUGCACAUAGAUAUAAUUGUAAUGGGAAAAAACCCAACAGCAGUAUCUGUUUGUUACAACAAAAACACCGCCCCUGUGUAACAAUGGGGAAGAGAGCAGCCCAUAAACAGAAACUCAAGACAACUUUUAAGUAAUGGGUGAUUUUGAAUUACAUUACCCAGUUCCUAGUAAGACCAAUAAAAAUGAGGAUAGGUUUCAUCCCCGAUGAGAUUUACACUUUAUGUACUAAAUGCACUUGUUAGCCCCUGCUUUUCAAAGAAACGCUGGAGGCGUCUCUAUCCACACAGAGGUUCAGCGAUGUCUUUCCAAUUUUUGUACCCAAAGAGAAUGUGCAAUUCUUUAAACAAUGUUCCUCGGCACUAAUUUCUUGCUGAUUUUGUAUCCCUGUUGUACAGUUGUGCAAUGUUUUACUGUAUAUAAAACCAGGCACAUGUAUUUCUUAUUCUGCUGCUGUUCUGCUUUAUGGGAUUUAUUAUUUAGGGAUGUCAAAUGUUUCUUUUUAUCCCGGCGUGGGGUUGUUACAGGCGGGGAGGGAGAAUUUUAUGGAAUUUGAAUCCUUUGUGUUUGUUGCAGGAGGAAUGGUACUAUAUUUAUGGAGUUGAAACCUCCAUGUGAUUUUAUUGUGAUAUUCCGUUAAUCCCUCACAAAUUUCUCAAAGGGCUUUUAACAAGUUUUUUUUAUUUUUUUGCUCUAUUUGGUGACUAAAAAACAGAGGCACCAUGACUGAGUAACCAUUAGAGAUGCCAAUGUAUACAGAUUACCUGGCAGUAAAAUUGGUUAAAUUGUCAGAUAAAUAUGUGAAUAGCCAGCAUUUUAGGAUUUGGUGGAAUGUGUCCCCCAACCCCCGAAUUAAACAUAUGACAAAAAAGGGACUUUAUAAACUUACCAUUAUCUUUUUUUAGACCAUGGAGGACUACAUAGGUCAUCUGUAUCUGCUACAUUCCAAGCCAUGAACUCUUGCACAUAGAUAAACAUUAACUGAGCGAGCACCCCUACAGACAGAAUGUUAUGCACAAUUAGUAUUGUUAUAUUCACAUUUCCAGGAGGGAAUAAAUAUGAUCAAAACAAAUAUAUCAUUCUUUGAUACACCCCUGCCAUUAAUGGCUGUUAUGUUUAAAGGAGAAGGAAAGGCAAAAACUAAGUAAGCUUUAUCAGAAAGGUCAGAAUGUAAAUACAGCCAUAAGCACUCACAGAAACGCUGCACUGAGUUCUCUAUCAAAAGAAAACACAGUAUUUGUGACUUCCUCCCUCAGAAAAAUCAUUCAUCCCUGGCUAAAAUGACCAAGCUAAAAUGGCAGCUGCAAUCUUAAACAAACAGAGAAAGCUUCUAGGGCUCUUUACUCAGGUAUGAUAAAGCUUCUGCAGAAUAAAUACAGCAUUCUAGGCGGCACUAAUGGGCGAAUCUAUGGGCGGGAAGGAUGCAGGGAGUCCCAUACUUAGUCCCUAUAAUCCCCCUAAAGGAGUGUAAAGGAGAAGGAAAGGGAUAAUCACAGGGGAAGGGGGGUGCCAAAUUGGCAUCCUACAGUGAUUAACCCUUUCUCUCUCCUUUAAGCAAUGUAUAACAUAUUAUAUCCCAUGUAGCAAUGUGCCUGAGGCAUGCAGUAAGCUACAAAACCACAUCUACUUUUGGGUUUUUUUUCUGUUUGAAUUUCAAUAAUUCCAUUGUUCCAUAAUUUAAAUGCAUCCGGGUACAUGGGCUGCUAGUCCUAGUGUAAUACCUGUUAGUUUUCAUGAAAGAAGAAUUUGGCUGAACUCUUAAUUACCAAUUUGCUUCUAAUAUCCAGUUGUGGUGCCUGUUGUUUUGUCCCAUUGUAUUCAUAGAACUGCCCUGCGAUGCUUCUCAGCGGGCUCUGUCUCUUCUCCCUUCGCAAAGAUAAAGCACAAUUACAUAAUGUAUAAAGAGAAUUUGCCUUAAACUUGAAGCCUUGUAUUUGGAUCACUCCCCUGUCAUACUGAUAUGAUGAUGUUUUAAAGGGCCUUUUAUACAUAAA